AUGUCCGAGACGCAUUGUAACGAAUCUGAUACUAAUACUCUGUCGACUCUUUCCGAGAGCUUCAAUAAUUCGAUUCUUGAAAAAAUACGGAGCAGCACAGCGACGUGCACGUUCGUAGUUCAAGCAGAGCAAGACGUUUCAAGUCUCCGCGAAGCGUUUACCUCUGGAAGAAUAGAUCGCAAUAUGCAUAGGCCCUCCACCGUCGAUAAAGAUAUCUGCCCAGAUGCUGUCUUAGAAGCAAUGCUCGCUCACGCCAUAGGAGGCAACGACGACAACGAACACACACCACGUCGCUAUGUCGCAUGUGCAAUAGCUACCGCUGGCCAAGAUAAUAACUUUGAGCAGCUAAUAGACCUAGCCAAUACUUGGGUCCGAUACCUCUUCUGGCCUUUCAAAGCAAAUACGGCUUAUCCUAGAAAUCUGCACUCGGAGAUGACGGAGGUCGCUACACCGACUCUUAGGGAAACCCUUGAUUCAAUCGAAGGUGCGCGUCCCGUCGUGAAAGGACGUGAUGGUUAUCGCUGCAUUGUAACAAGAUUUAUCGAUAGGAACAAAGCUCCCCCGGAUUCGGAUGAAGUAAGAACCACGGUUGAAGCCGCUCAUAUUUUCAAGAGAGCGGUGGCAGCCGGAAAGCGUACUGAAAAAUCUUUGGCAGAGUAUGCCACCUGGGACAUUUUGCGCCACCUCAUUGGUUUGUCCGAGGAACAAGUCGCUGAACUAGAUACUAAUAUUGACUAUGUCUACAACGGAAUAACGCUAGAUCAGACUCUUCAUUCAGCAUUUGAUGGAUUCGAGUGGUCAUUGCGUCCGGAUCCUGAUCAUCUGAACCGAUACUACUUCGAUUAUUUUACUAGAAAGCCUCCGUCUGCCGCAUACGGACGUAAUAUCGAAGUCAUCUCCUUUGAAGGAUGCCCCGCUGAAGUUCGGCCAAGCCGGAAGCUCAUACAGUUCCAUUACUCCCUUGCCAAGGUUUUACAUGCCAGCGGUGCAGGAAGGGUUAUUGAAUCGAUGUUGAAGCGGUUCUUCGAAGGGGGUAGGAAAUGGGUGACUCACGAAUGCAUGAGCGCUGACGAUCUGGAGCUAUACUUGAGCACAGAGAGAAUGUCUCUUAUGUCUUUAUGA